GGUAUGCCAGCAUCUGCCAGCAGGUGAGUGGGAACUGAACGAAGACACAGGGGGGCGCCAGUCACCCCAAAAGUCCCAAUUCCGAAUGUGCCCUUAAUAUUAACGCCGGGUCGCUGCUUCCCCGGUUUCCCCAUUUUCUUUAGUAUGGGUCAUAGAGACACGGGUUUAUAGAAAUAAACUGUACCAAUACAUUUCUUUAAAUCAUAAAGCUGUUCUACCAUUAGUGGCCUAUUUCCUCCUUCGGUCAUGUGACCUGUGACGGUGAACAAGCACAUCCGGUUCAUUGACAGAAAUGGCCACCACGGAAGUAGAGCGCAGGCGCGGUCAGCUGGCUGCUCUGUCCAUAGCAGUGGUGGUCAUCGUGGUCGGAGUGCCCCUGUGGUGGCGAACAACAGAGACGUACCGGGCCUGGCUGCCUGUCAGCCAGAUAAGAGAACUGGCAAAACUGCAGCUCCAGCUGAGUGCUGAUGUGGAAGUUGUGUUUGCACGUGGUACCGUGACACCUGAGCAGCAGAAGAAGGUCCCGCUGACACAGUCGCAGGAUGAGGACCGCGUUGUGGAUGAGGACACGGUUAUGAGGUACAGGUAUGAGACGAGGUACCGAACAGCUACAGUAAUGGAGGAGGACGCCUUGAACAAACCUACAGCUGCAGAGGCAGAUCUAUCUCUGCACACUCUAAGUGAGAGUCCCUGUGGUUCUUUGGUCGUAUAUGUGAUCCCAGAGUCGUCUGCACUUCUGCCUGAGGAUGUGAACGUGUAUGUUGGUCAGAGACGGACAGCCCUGCUCCGCCUAGGUGCUCAGAUGAGAGAUGGCAAAACUCUGGAGCAGCUGCUGUCAAACCUGAAGCCUCGGAUCAAAGAGGUGCUGCAGGUGAUGUCCUUCAGCCACGCCGACAUCACCGCUGCGCUCAGCGACAGAGUCCGCUUUAACCCUGGGAGCAGGGAGAGCAUCGCUGACAGCAUGAGAGCCUUCAAGUCAAGCCCAGGUUAUGAGAUAACAUUCAGUCUGUUGAAUCCUGACCCAAAGUCACACCGAAUCCAUUGGGACAUUGAGGGUGCUGUUCAGACCUACAUCCAGCCUUUGCUAACAAAGCUGGCCCCCUUGGCCAACUUUAGUAUGGAUUCACAGACCUUACACUAUGCCGUGCUUGGCGUGAACCCACGCUUUGACAGCAGCCAUAAGGCCUACAUGCUCAAUGCAGACAGCCUGGCACAUGUCAUCAACCCGGUGGAGGCCAGACUUGGGUCUAAUGCGGCGUCCUCCAAUCCAGUGCUGAAUUUUCUUCUCUACGUCCCGGAUGCCCUCCGUUCACCUCUUUAUAUCCAGGAUCACAAGAAGCAGAAAGUGCCCUCAAAUGCGUUUCACUCCCCGCGUUGGGGUGGAAUUAUGGUUUAUAAUGUGAACGGUUUCUAUAAGUCAGAGGCUGAGUUUCCUGUUGACAUCAACAUCAACAUGGCUAAAGUCAUGGGAGUCUUCCUUGCACAGCUUAGACUGCUGCUGGGCGUGCAGUCAUCAUCGACUCCCACCGGCUUCUUGGUUGCGCCAUGCGGCAGCGCAGGGCUAGCUGACUGGGAGCUGGACCGUCUCAUGUGGAGUCGCAGUGUGGAAAACAUCGCAACAGCCACCACGACCAUUACCUCUCUUGCACAACUGCUGGAUCAGAUAGGCAACAUUGUUCUUAAUGACAACAUUGCCCAACAGGUUUCCAGUGCGGUGUCGUCUCUGCAGCUGGCUGUGGCUGAGCUAGAGGCUGGGAACCUGGGCUUUGCUCUGCAGUACAGUAAAGAUGCCAUCCAGGCAUCAGAGAAAGCCUUCUUUGACCCUUCACUUCUCCAUCUCCUGUACUUUCCUGAUGACCAGAAGUUUGCUAUCUACAUACCACUGUUCCUGCCCAUGUGUGUGCCUAUUCUGCUGUCACUUAUCAAAAUAGCGUCUGAAGCAAGGCAGAGAUAUAGAGAAAAGAAAGCCAAAAAUGACUGAGAGACACCUGAAGAGAACAAGGCGUGAUGUACAAAAAGCAUGUUAUAGAUGGGUUUCUGUUUUGGGUGGCCUUGCUAUUUUAUGUACAGAUGUCAGCAAUAAGAAAUUUGAUUUACAGCUCGGGGGUGUUGUUUGCGAGUCGGUCAUGUAAUUUUUUUUUCUACUUGUUUAUAUGAAGAGGUAUUUCUGUUCUAAGAUUUUAUUGAUGGAGUGCUCUGAUUGUCUGACACUGUACAGUUAAAAACUUGACAUUUUGUAAAGUUUUAUCUUUGAAUUUCCCUAACGUAAGUUAUUGAGAGUUAAAGAAUAAAGAUUUAACUUAA